CCCCCGCGCCGCUGCCGCUGCCCCGCCCCGCCCCGCCCAGGUCUCAGGUCGCAGGUCUCCAGUCUCCGGUCCCCCUGCGCCCGUCCGCGGUUCCUCUCCCGCUGCCGCUGCCGCCAAAAUGACUACAAGUGCGCCUGGAGGGUCAAGCGCUGCCUCUGGCAGUAGUAGAAGACUUCAGCAGACACAAAAUCAAGUGGAUGAGGUGGUGGACAUCAUGAGGGUCAACGUGGAUAAGGUGUUGGAAAGAGACCAGAAGCUCUCUGAACUGGAUGACCGUGCAGAUGCACUGCAGGCAGGAGCCUCUCAAUUUGAAACAAGUGCUGCCAAGUUGAAGAGAAAAUACUGGUGGAAGAAUUGCAAGAUGUGGGCCAUCGGGAUCAGCGCUGUGGUCAUCGUCAUCAUCAUCAUCAUCGUGUGGAGCAUUUCUUCCUGAAGAACCAGUGAAACUCCAGCCUGCUGUUCAAGAAACCUCUUCAAGACUUUUGAUGUAGAACCUGCUAUCUUACCAAGCUUACCUACUGUUAUACCUAAAAUGAUUAUUUUCUGUUAGUGACUGUAAAGUUUGUUUUCUAGGAAAUGUGCCUUUGUUUUGUAAUAUGCACUCCAAACUAGAAGUGUGGUCAGCCCAGCCCCCGUUUUGCACAGUGCCUUUUCAAAUUUACAUCUGGGCUGAUGAAGAGGACUUCUUAAGUUGCAGAGUGUUAUAACCCAGCAGUAAUGUUGUCUGAUUAAUUGCCAUUGAUUCCAUUUAAGGAAAUUUAUUCCCAGUUAGCUGUCCUCAUCAUACAACAUUACCUUCAUUUUAAACCUUUGGGUAAUCAGAUUCCAAUUUGUGCCUUCUAGAAGGAACACUACUGCCUAACACAAAUCUGUGACAAUAAUAGGCUGUGCCUUAUUUUGCUCUUUUUCUGGUUCCCUUUAAGAGAACUCUCUGUUUGUAAACACUACUGACUCUCUUGCUGUAUUUAAAAUAAGAUGCUGGUAAAGAGUUUUUGCUCUUACGUUAGAUAUGAAGUUGUUUACUUUCUUGUUAUGUAUCACUUGCUAAAAAUAGUGUAUUAACCAGAAAUAAUAACCUCUUUAAAACAUUUUUAUAGAACUAUGGCUAUGACCAAAGUUUCUGUUUUGCCAAAAAGUUAAAUCCCAGUCAAGUGUCAAGUCUGUUCCUGACAGAUAAAUUCAGAAAAGUGACCAGUGGAACUCCUGGUGCUCUUCAGAAGUAAACUGUGAUGUUGCGCAUGACCUCUGCAUCCUGGCAGGCUUCUUUUGCCCUUGAAUCCAGUGAUUGCCCUUCCAGUCCAGCAGUUUUCCAGGGGGUUGGAAAAGGUUUGAGCUUGACUUUGACCGUCUCAUUCCUGUAGACAGCGUUCUACCCAGCAGUUUGUAGAUUAUCAGCUGUAGACUCCAACAUGUUUCUAAUAAUUAUGUGGGCAACAGUUUUGUAGCCUUCCAGGGAGACUGUCUGUGAGCUGGGCGUUUUCUGGUCCAGUACCCGUGGACGAUAGCUGGAGUUUGUUUCCUAUGUUGAUCCAUAGUCCACUUCCUAAAUCAGUCUCCUAAAUUAUGCUUCCAGUUAGGCAUUGGUCAGGGUGGAUGACUCUUUUCACAGAGGACAGCUAACCAGAGGCACUUUCUUUCUCUGAUGUCACAGACUGUCGGCAUAAGAUGCUGCUUUGGAAGUAGCUGGUGUCAUGUGAGAGACUUUUGUUGUGUACGUGAGACUUUGGACAUCAGGCUGUGUGGCUUAAGGACAGGAAUUCAGAUAGGAAUGAAAACACGAGGAGGCACUGAGGGGGAAAGAAGUCUUAACCGCCCUGUGGCUCCCCGUUACCAGAAUAUUCUAAAAUUCUUGUUCCCACGCUAGUUUGUGACUUACAAAGUAACAACAGUUAAGGUGCACCAGGACCUGGGUUCCGUUUCUUUAAUACCUGUUCCCCUGACACCAGUGAAGUGGUGUGAAGUUGAAGACAUGCCUUACAGUGUGCCCAGGUAGGAGAAGAGAGCAGCAGUAGGUGGCCCACCCUCAGCUCAGGUCCCUGACUGGGUCUGCCUCUGAAACCUCAGUGCUCUCUCCUUGGCCUCAGUGCUCAGUCCCAUGUAACCCACUGGCUACUGCGUUAACCCAGGAACAUGUCGCCUGUAUCUGUGCAUUUAGCUGGGAACUUGCCUGCUAUAAUGACCCGAAUAAAGUGUUUAUAAACAUAA